AUGCCCAAAGAAAAGAAACAUCAUGCUGCCAGCCAAAAAAAACUAGCCGCCAAAGUCUCAAUUUCAGGAUAUCAAGACAGAUUCAUUCCAUAUACAGCUUCAACCGCUGUCUAUAGGGCAUCUUUAUCCUUGAGACGUUUUGAUCCAAAGGAAAUUGACCUAAGAGAUCAAGAGUCGUCACUUUCUCCUCAGAGACUUUCAAGUCCUGAAUUUUUUAAUGAUUUAAGAGAGACGGGCAAUUACGAACCUGUAAAUAGUCAAAAUACAUCCAUAUUCACUACAGACUCACCAAAUAAUACCGAAAGGAGACAAACCAUUACAUGCACCAAAUUGAAAAGGGAACAAGAAAAAUAUAGAGAUACUAUUGCGGAAUUACUUGGGUUUCAUAAUUCAGAAAGAGUGCUAACUUUUAAUCAAGAGAAUAAAUUAAAACCCUUGUUGAAAUUAGACGCUACACUAGCUUUAGAAACUACCAAUUUGAAUGAAGAAAGGAGUAGAACAAGUACAAGAGAUCCUCGUUUAGAAAGGGGGACAAAAAGGGUAAAAUCCCAUGCAGCUUAUAAAGUUCUGGACGCCCCAUGUUUAAGAAACGACUUUUAUUCAAAUUUAAUAUCAUGGUCUAAGACAACUAAUGCUGUAUUAGUUGGACUUGGUUGUUCUUCUUAUAUGUGGUCAGAAGCUUUGGGUGCCAUCCCAGUUCUAGACCACCAUUACUUAUUUUCAAAAGGUGAUUUAAUAACCUGUGUUUCAUUCUCACCGAGAGAUACAAAAUUUGUGAUAGGAACCAAAGAUGGCCGUAUUUUAUUGUUUGACCAGGAUUUAAUCAUUGAUAAUUAUGAAAAAUAUGAGGAUGAAGUUUUCCUUGAACCAAUAUUCACAUACAAGAACACUGCCUCGAAAGGAUUAGGUUGCAUCGAAUGGCUCUCAGAUGGUGAAUCAUUAAUUGUUGGUGAUGAGACUGGAUUCAUUAAUAUUAUCAAUAUAAGGUCUACGUUAGAUCCCAACUCAUAUCAUUUAAUGUUAUUUAAACGAUUCAAAGCUCAACGACAACAAGUUUGUGGAAUAUCUAUUAAUAACGAUAAUUCAUUAUUGGCGGUAGGUGGUAAUGAUAAUUCCUGCAGUCUUUGGAAUAUAACCGAUAGUGAAAUUCCCAAGAAAUUUUUUACUUUAAAUCAUACAGCUGCAGUUAAAGCAGUUGCUUUCUGCCCUUGGUCAAAAUCACUUUUAGCUACAGGUGGUGGAAGCAAGGAUAGAACUAUAAAAUUUUGGCAUACAAAGACAGGUACUUUACUUAACGAAUUUAAGGUUACAGGUCAAGUGACAUCAUUAAUAUGGUCUAAAACGCAGAAACAGAUAGUUGCAACUUUUGGAUUUGGUGAUAUUGAAGAUCCCACUUUGCUAACACUUUUCUCAUUUCCCCUUAUGACACAACUUUUACAUGUAAAAUCACCUCAACCACUGCGAGUAUUAAGUGCGAUUUUGUCUCCUAACUCUACAGCAAUAUGCAUAGCCACCAAUGACCAAACAAUCAGGUUUCAUAAAAUAUGGCAGGAAGACGAAUCUUUAAUAAAGGAAUUACAGGAAAAGGGCCUUUAUGGUUCAGAUAUUAUUGAGUAUUUCGAAGGGAUCGGCGGAUAUUAUCAAGGCGAUAAUGGUGGAGAUAACGACAAAACAAUACGGUAG